AUGAAACCGUUGGGCGGCAACAUUAUUAAUGUCCCCAGUGAUGAGCAUGGCAUUAUUCCAGAGGCUCUGGAAAAAAUACUUUCUCAAUGGAACCCAGAGGAUUCCAAGGAUACCACAAAAAAGGCACCAAAAUUUCUUUAUACCGUCCCAAAUGGCAACAAUCCUACAGGCUACUCAUUGACAGGUGACCGCAAGAAGGAAAUCUAUGAGCUUGCAAGAAAAUAUGACUUCCUCAUAAUAGAAGAUGAUCCUUACUAUUUUCUCCAGUUCAACAAGCCCUGGGCACCAACCUUUCUCUCUAUGGAUGUCGAUGGGCGAGUGAUUAGAGCUGACACCUUUUCAAAAGUUCUCUCCUCGGGGCUGAGAGUAGGGUUUAUGACUGGCCCUAAGUCCUUGAUAGAGAGGAUUGUUCUGCACACACAAGUUUCAACGUUACAUCCCUGCACUCUCUCACAGUUCAUGAUAUCACAGCUUUUAUACCAAUGGGGAGAAGAGGGCUUCCUGACCCAUGUUGACAGGACUAUUGAUUUCUAUAAGAACCAGAGGGAUUUGAUAUUGGCAGCUGCAGAAAAGUGGUUAAGUGGUCUGGCGGAGUGGCAUGUCCCCAAAGCUGGCAUGUUUCUGUGGAUUAAAGUUAAGGGAAUCUCUGACACAAAAGACCUGAUUAAAAAAAAGGCUAUUAAAAGAGAGAUCUUAUUAGUUCCUGGAAAUGCUUUCUUCAUCGACAGCUCAGCUCCCACAUCCUUCUUCAGAGCAUCCUUCUCCCUGGUUACCCCAGAGCAGAUGGAUAUAGCCUUCCAGAGAUUGGCCCAAGUCAUAAAAGAAUCUUUAUAAAGCAUUCAAACUCAGCAUCAUACUCAUAAUUUUUAGAUAAAUUACUUCUGUACUUUGCUGAAGAAAUGAUUGUUGCUGUUUGACAGAUGGAAUGUAUCCAUUUCAUAAAACAUCUAUAGCAACUUAACUGAACAAAGUCCCUUUAAACCCAUCAUAUUGCCAAAAUACUUUUUGAUCUACUUUUGCCUUUUGAUUAACUUUCAGCUCACAAAAGAUUAAAUUUUAUUGCAAAGAACACUAUAGCUGCUUUAUAAUGUCCAAUGAAAAAUUUCUUCUAAACUAACAUGUUAUACUGAAUUAUUUUCAAAAUGCAAGGAGAUUAUUAAAAUGGCACAUAAUAUGCA